AUGGCAGGAGAAGCUCAUGAGAAGGCUGAGCGAGUUCGUCGAAAGACCCACCUUCCUCGUGACUCGCCAGGUUUUAUCAGGACCCAAUGGUUGGAAAACUUCUACGAGACUCUCUACGCCAGCAACGAGCCUGGUUUCUACAUCCCUUACACCGUCGUGUUCCAGUACCGUAGGAUCUAUGCAGCUUACUUCUCAGACAGCGACGGUGCUGCUGCUUCAUCCUCAAAGCUUGUUAUGUCCGUCCACCUGAGAGUGCUCGUAGGUUGCGUGCAGAAGGUUGACAAGAUCGCAGACCUCGGGCCAGAGCAAGUCCUCGAAGGUCUCAAGGACAUGCGACAUGGAGAUCUUGGUGUGAAGCGAUCUGACAUAGUCUACUCGAUCCCUUGCCGAGCAUAUUACAUCUACUCCAAGAGAAGUGAAGAGGGCUUUGCGGGAGAGGGCAAAACCAACUUGUCCAUAGAAUACUUCGAUGACUCCGCUGUCACACACUUCCUCACCUAUAGGGGCAAGGAGAACAAUGGAAUACUUCAGCAAGUUCAGGAGCUCACCACGCCUAACGUGUCUACGAUCCGAGCGUACUGGACUCCCCACUACUGUCAAUUGGAGGUACAUCAGAAGCCUUUUGACAGCCAAGAAGUUCUGAAAGGAAGGCCGCAGUCUCGAAUCAACGUGAACAGAGCAGACGCUAGCAACGUUCCCUUGUUUGAACGCGCCGUGACGUUUGAGGGAGAGCUUCACCAUUCCUCCAGCUUUCCCAUGAGCUCUCGCGUUGAAAGUCGAGUGCGAGAUCUCCUUGAUCGAAUAGUCUCCAGUGUGCGCAGAUGUCUGCCUAACAACCUGGCGAUCAAUCUGAUGAUCCUCAACUUUCGAAUCGGCCCCAACGGAAAAGUUUUCUUUCUGUACUGCAACUCCCUCAAGCUACAGUACAGCGAUCAUCACGCUACCAGCGACUUGCGCGACAUGGACAACAUCCGGCCGCCUUCACCCAAGUACGUCGACAACGAUUUCCCUCCUCCAGGACUUCGCGGGUCGAAGAAGCGCUUUGGGCGUGUGUGUCCGAGCACCAACAACCGUUUAGGCCCGUACGAUGACUUCAAAGUGAAGGUUCAAGAUAUCUUCAUCCACUUCCUAUGGCAUGGUCCGCGAGAGGCAAGCUAG